CAAAGAAAAUUGAUUAAUUUUAUCGUCUUUCGGUAUUGGGAUUUUAGUCGGUGUUUUCUCAAUUUUAUACUGUGCAUACAUUAAAAUACACUUUAAUCAUUAUUGGUAAUUUAGACAUUUCUUUUAUAUCGCUUAUUAGUUAUUUGAAGUGAAAAUGGCUACGGAGGCGGUGGCGAGUGUGGGUGCGGAGAUUCGAGAAAAUUUGGUAACAACAGCGGUACAGUUCCUGACAAAUCCAAGUGUACAACGAUGCACCUUGGAAAGCAAGGAACGCUUCCUACGUGGCAAAGGUCUUACUGACCCUGAAAUACAGAAGGCUUUAGGAAAAUGUGCAGAAAUGAUGGACCUUCCGUCCAUGACUUCAGAGCUCAUGUUCGUACAUCAGUCACGGAGGUCGUGGUUCAGAGACAAUGUGCUCCCAAUCUUGAUUUACGGAGGCUUCAUGUAUGGAUGUUACUGGUUUUAUAAAAACUACAUAAGGCAUAUCCUUUUCGUGCAGCAACCAAAGCGCAAGACGACAGAGGAAUGCAUCGAUGAGCUGCGCAAGAGUGUCGAUAUACUCAACUCUAACUUUAUGGCACUGCGCACUGAAAUGCAAGCGAACGUCCACCAGAGUGCGAUGCGAUCGCAAGUCGACAGCAUCAAGGCGGAGUUAACGUCUGUCAAGUCUAUUAUGUUAAAUAGGAAUCAAUUUCCCGCGCUCAAGACCCGCACAGACCCCCCCUCAAUUCCCGACUGGCAGCGGCAGUCAGAAGAAGCGACCUCAACCGAAGUACCUCAGGAAGAGAAGAAGAAGAAGAACAGAAGCCGCAGCCAGCGGUCCGAGUCCGGAGGAUCCAACUCCAGCGAGGGAGAGCAGGCUACCAAGAAUAGCGACAGUAGUUUGGAAAUCAUCACAUGAAAACCAAUCCCAUUGAAGUCGGCACUACGGCAACUUAAAAGCCUUUGCCAGAGAUAUUCUAAGGACAA